CACGUGGAGAAGCAUGUCAUGACUCACGCCAGGCAGAAGGGUUCCCUCGGGCCGAGCGGCGGCGACGCCGCGCCCGAGCGCUCGCUUCGGUUCGGGAGGACGAAGAAGAUAACCGAGGCCACCGGGAAGAGGAAGGCGGCGCCCAAGAGGGCCGGCGGCAAAGCGGGGGGGACGGAAAGGCCGGAUCGGAGCGGCAAACUGGACCGGGGCCGCGACCACAAACGGGACAGGAAGUCGUACCCGCUGCGCGGGCGGGCUGCGGGGUCCGAGGAGGACGAGGAGGGGCUCAGCUGUCACGUCCUCCUCACCCGACUCGAGGAGGGCGUGCGAGGGCGGGGGGGUUCCGGAGAACGGGCCGCCAGACCCAGGCCCAAAAAGUUGAAAAGCAUCAAAAGGAAAGAGGCGAAGCCUCCGUCGCCAAAAGCCGGAUCGGAGUCGAGCAGCCGGGGGGGCGCGGGGUGUCUCGGUGUCCCGCCCCCCCGCAAGCGCCGGCUGGCCUCUCUCAACGCCGAGGCGGUGAACAGCCUGCUGCUCGAAAGAGCCACCGAGACCCAGGCGGCGGCUAAGCAGGCCAAGAGGCCCCCCCCCAACGCCGUGAAACCGGGCGCGAGGGCCGCGCCAAGGAACGCCGGCGAAGCCGCCACGUCCCGCGGGCGCGGGCGGCGCCAGGGCUGCGAGCGGGCCGAGGCCAGCCGGGCGGCGGCGGGGGCGGUGAGCCGGGACAGCCUGGACGCCCCCGCCCCCCGCAGGUUGGCCGGACUCAACGCCGCCGCCCUGCUCAAGUUGACCAGCUCCUCCGCCACCAGCAAGCCGAGAGCGAGGAGCGCGCCGGCGGCGCCCGUCGCGUUGAGGCGGCCCCCCCGGGUCAAACGCAAGGGGGGCUCGCAGGCCCAGAGGGCGGGGGGCGCGGCCCCCCCGCAGAGCGGCUGCGCGGCCUGCGAGACGGGGGCGGGCCUCGGGCCCCCCGCGGCGGGCUGGCCGGGCUACCAGUCCCGCGGCGUGCUGGCGUACCCGCUGAAGCAGGUGAAGGAGGAGCCGCUGGAGGCGGGCCUGAGCCCCUGCUACUGCUGCCCCCCCGAGGGCUCGGUGGAAUACUGCCACCGCUUGGCCUUCUUCUUGGGCCAGCGGCCCUGCGGGGGGGCGUCGGACGAGCCGCCGGCGCCGCUCCCCCCGGCCGGGGCGCCCGUGAUGAAGCGCGAGUGCCUGGUGACCUCCCACCAGCACGCGGCCCUCACCCUCAGCCCCCACCCUUGCCUCUGCGCGGCCGAGCACUGCUUCUCCAGCUACUACGUCCACAUCGCCCACCCGCCGCGCGCCGGCGCCGCCUCGGCCGGCCUGGCCUCGCGACCCCUGGGCUUCGCGCCCGCCGCGCUGUGCCCCGACCGGGUGGCGGGCCCCGAGCUGCUGGGGCCCCACGCCGCCUACUGCUACGGCGACGCCUGCGGGAUGGGGGGCUACGCCUGCAGAGCCGUGGCGCCCGUCGCCAGCAGGGGCUGCUCCUUCAGCGCCGGGUGCGCGGGCUGCGCGCGCGGCAUCAAGACAGAGGGCUACUCCUCCCCUCAAGGCGACCUCAGCCCCUCUCUCCUGGCCCCGCCCCUCUCCAGCUGCCCUCUCUCCGCCACGCCCUCCUCCACCCAGACUCGACCCCACCUGCUGACCCCUCUGUCGGGGCGGGACCGGCCCCAGGCCCGGUUGAAGCUGGCCACCGAGUGCCCCGGGGGCGACGAGCCCGCCCCCGGCUCCCUGUCGGUGGGCCGCACGGGGCUGACCCGCAAGCCGCCGCCGCCGCCCCCACCCCCCCCGCCGGGCCUCGGCGGCGCCAAACAGAGGAGAGGCGGCCGAAGACGCGCCACCAACGGCUGGAGGCCCGUCGGCAUGCCGACGGAGCGGGAGGUCUUCAUCGCGGGAGAGGACGAGACGGCCCCCCGGCAGUGUUACGAGGGGGUGGAGAGGGACGGGGAAGUGAUCCAUAUCAGGGACACCGUGCUGCUCCGCUCGGGCCCCCGGAAGAAAUCCCUCCCCUACGUCGCCAAGAUAUCGGCCCUGUGGGAGGAUCCCAAAACAGGAGAACUGAUGAUGAGUCUGUUCUGGUACUACCGACCCGAGCACACACAGGGGGGCCGAGACCCCAGCGCACACUGUGAGAAUGAGAUCUUCGCCUCUCGGCAUCAGGACGAAAACAGUGGCUGCAUCGAAGACAGAUGCUACGUCCUCCCACUGGCCCAGUACUGCAGAUUUUGUGCCUUGGUGAAGCGGCGUGCCGACGGCGCCCCGCCCGGCAGCGCCAGCGUGGUGCCCCGCCGCCCCGACUUCGCCCCCCCCACCCACCGCUGUGUGCCCACGGACGUCGACCCCGACCUGGUGUACCUCUGCCGCCACGUCUACGACUUCCGCUUCGGUCGCAUCCUGAAGAACCUGCAGUAGGAGGAAACGGGGGCGGGGGCCCGAGUCAGUCGUGACGUAGCUCCUCCCCCCUCCUGCACAGAGGGCAGCGGCCAGGCCGGGCGGGGGGGGGGGGGGGGGUGAGGGACUAGACACUGAGUGUGACACUAUGAAGCUCAGAUCCCUUUAUGCUUUUCUGAUGGAUGAGAUUCGGAUGAGAAUUCAUUCAUCAGCUGUGAUUGCUCUCAGCAAGCUGAGCCCCCCCC